CUGUAUUUAUUCUCCCGUGUUCAGCGUGUGAGUACUGUCUGCGUGCUCUGGAGACAGCGGAGGAGAACGCCAGGCGCUUGAGCGGUCUUCCGGCUCUCAGUCUGCCUCAUCCGGAGCUGUGUAAAGUGCGUCCGGACCGACACCAGGCCUGUCCACACUGUCAGGUGAUGUACUGCAGCGCUGAGUGCCGGCAGGCUGCAUGGGAGCAGCACCACAAGCUCCUGUGCCUCGGCCCGUCUCACCACGAUCCCGAUCAUCCAGUCAACAAGCUGCAGGACGCGUGGAGGAGUGUGCACUACCCUCCGGAAACGUCUAGUAUCAUGAUAAUGGCAAGGAUGGUGGCCACCAUCAAGCAGGCUCAAGAUAAGGAACGCUGGCAGAAGUUGUUCUCUCAUUUCUGUAGUCGCACAGCAAACGAAGAGGAGGAAAUAGCUCAUAAAUUGUUGGGAGAGAAGUUUCGGGGACAGCUGGCCUUGCUGCGUAAUCUCUUUACCACCGCGCUGUACGAGGAUCGUCUCAGUCAGUGGUUCACCCCAGAGGGGUUUCGCUCUCUAUUUUCACUUGUCGGGACCAACGGUCAGGGUAUUGGCACCAGUUCUCUGAGUCAGUGGGUUCAUGCGUGCGACGCGCUGGAGCUUCCCAGCCAGCAGAGGGAGCAACUGGAUGCUUUCAUCGACCAGCUGUACAAGGACAUCGACAAAGAAACCGGCGAUUUCCUCAACUGCGAGGGCUCUGGACUUUUCCUGCUGCAAAGCUCUUGUAACCACAGCUGCGUUCCCAAUGCAGAGGCGUCUUUCCCCGACAACAACUUCCUCCUCCACCUCAGCGCCCUCAGCGACAUCAGCCCCGGAGAGGAGAUCUGUAUCAGCUACCUGGACUGCUGCCAGCGAGACAGGAGUCGUCAUAGCCGGCACAAGAUCUUGAGGGAGAAUUACUUAUUCGUCUGUUCCUGUCAGAGGUGCACGUCCCAGAUGGAUGAUGCUGAUAUGACAUCGGAGGAGGAGGAGGAGGAGGAAGGUGAAGGUGAAACAGAGGGAGACGACAUUGAGGACGAAAUGACAGAUGUGUGAUUUCACGCCGGUUCAACCACCUCACUUGUUUGUCUGUGGACCUUUCCGAUGUGAUCCUGACCCCCAUCACAUGGCCUAAUAAUCUACAGCAGUUGAGAAGCGAACAUCACACUUACAGUAGCAGUACGGUUAACUGUCUGGCUGUUAUAAACUUAAUAUCAAAGCCUAUGCAAAAUAUAAAUGCGCUGUUUUUAUCAUGUGCUUUUUUUGUCAUGAUUUCUACCAUGCAAUGGGUUAAAGUAGCUCCAAACGCACACACAUACAAAAAAACUGUGACCAUGCAUGAGACAUGAUCUGUCUGUGCACUGAGGGGUUAUAUUAUAUAGUGACCAUCCACAAGAACAUGAAUUCUCCGUUUUAUCACAUCUCAGAGAAACUACUCUCAUCAGAUCGAGAGGAAGAAGAGACCGGCUUCAUGUUACUGUAAUGUGACGAAAAGAUCAACAAGAAAUCAAAUCUGACCCGGUUUACUACUUAUAAAUAUUUGAUCCACACUUGAAUUUUUUCUUUUUCAGCUGACGACAUCUAGGUCAAUAAUCAGUGUAUAGCCAAAUAACGAGUUAGGCAUUGUUAUAGGCUUUUGUUGAAAUCUUGGCAACUGGUAAUGUGAAUUUAA